AACAUUUGUGGAAGAAACGUGCGCGCUUUAGAAUCAUUCAUCGUUGAGAUAGUCGCGAGAUUGCACGCAAUUGUGCUCUAAAAGGCAAAGAAAAAAAUAUCUUUCUAUAUUCUUUCGCUUCUAAAUUGAAAUCUUGAAAUUAAACUACAAGUUGUCUAACUAUUUUCUCGUAUUCGUGUGCAUCGAUCGUGCUUUUUUUUUUGAAAAUUUUAAAAGUGUAAAGUGUCAUUUUCUUCUUCCUCAAAAAUAAAAUCAACGAAUAAACGGACAGGAAAAUGUCCAUGAAGUUCGACGAUAACAAGAUCCCCUACAUUGAUCUGGGUGAUGGAUAUAUUAUUCGUUUGGAAAAGGAGGAAAUUGAAGGGAAAACUCGAGAAAAGGCUUUUAUUGAGCUACGAGAAUCGGAAGAUCUGAAGGCGGAGAGUAUUGCACAAUUGCGUCAAUUGCUCGAAAAAGAGAAAGAUCUAAAUGUUCCCCUGUCUGAGGAAGAUUUUCUCGUGAAAUUUUUGAGACCAUGCAAAUUUUAUCCAGAGAGCGCUUUAGAAAGAAUAAAGAAAUACUACAGAUUCAAAAUCAAGUACAAGAAAUACGCUGAAGAUCUCGUCCCACGAACCGUGAGACAUGUUUUGGAGAAGGAAGUUAUCUAUUUAAGUCCAUUGCGUACUAAGAAUGGCUGCAGAAUACUUAUUCUGGAGAUAAAGAAGUGGAAGCUCAAUGAAUGCACCCUGGAUGAACUUUUUAGAACCGUGGAAAUUUGCCUGGAGGCCGCAAUGGCUGAACCUAAAACUCAGGUGAAUGGUGUCGUUGUGAUUCUCAACAUGGAAGGAUUGUCACUGUCGCACCUGACACAGUUCAGUCCAUCUUUUGCGGCCAUGCUGAUCCACUGGGUACAGGAGUGCAUUGCUAUUCGUCUCAAAGAAGUGCACGUUGUCAACAAUUCCUACAUCUUUAACAUGUUAUUUGCCAUUUUCAAACCAUUCCUCAAUGAAAAACUACGCAAAAGAAUUCAUUUUCUCAACAAGGAUUUUAAGACCCUCACCUCGUACAUGGGCAAAGAUUGUCUUCGUGAAGCUUAUGGAGGAACCCUUAUGGCUCCUGAAGUGGAUGGAACUCUCUUAGCAGAUCUCUUUCAAUUCCAUCGUAAAGAAUAUGAAGUUGCCAGCACUUUUGGGUACACAAGUGAAAAAUAAAUUUAUACUUUUGUGAUAGGAAGCCCCAAUCUAUUUCUUAAAUUUUCUACCAAAUUAACGUUAAGACGAAAGGUGUGAAGAAGGUGAAGAAUUAUUUUAAGGUCAUGAAAUAGUUUUGUAAAGCACGAAUAAAAUUUUCAAUCAUUAUACUUUGUAUAAAAUGUUAUCAGUUGAAGAAUAGAAAAAAAAAUAAGAAGAAA